CUUCUGUUGCUGGCUUGAUGAUUUGGGCAACUCUCGGCGAGUCUGAAGCAGAAAGGAAAGCACACAACUUUUGCUUCGCUUUGCACGUCCAUGAAAGGCGAAACACGAAGUGAACAAGUGGCAACCAUGCCUGCCAAGAAGCUCGUGCUCCUACGCCUCCUGCUCGUGGGGUUCAUAAUAAACCAUGUAACCCGCACCGCCGGCGCCGGUGACGACGGCCACCAGUUCGUCUACUCCGGCUUCGCCGGCAGCAGCAACCUGCUCCUCGACGGCGCGGCGUCCGUGACUGGGAGCGGCCUCCUGGAGCUCACCAACGGCACGCUCCGCCAGAAAGGGCACGCCAUCUACCCGACCCCGCUGCGCCUCCGCGGCCGCUCCUUCUCGGCCUCCUUCGUGUUCGGCAUCCUGUCGGCCUACCCCGACGUGAGCGCCAACGGCAUCGCGCUCUUCGUCGCGCCGACCACCAACUUCUCGGGCGCCAUGGUGGCGCAGUACCUCGGCCUCCUCAACACCAGCAACAACGGCAACGCCACCAACCGCGUCUUCGCGGUGGAGCUGGACACCAUGCAGAACAACGAGUUCAGGGACCUCAGCGACAACCACGUCGGGAUCGACAUCAACAGCCUCGUCUCCGCCAACUCCACCGACGCCGGCUACUACGACGACGACGGCGGCGGCAGCGGCGGCGGGUUCCGCAACCUGACGCUCAUCAGCCACGAGGCGAUGCAGGUGUGGGUGGACUACGAGGGCGGGACCGGAAGGAUCAACGUCACCCUGGCCCCCCUCAAGACGCGCAGGCCGGCGAGGCCGCUGCUCUCGGUGGUGCACGACCUCUCGGCGGUGAUCCCGGACACCGCGUACAUCGGCUUCUCGUCCUCGACGGGGCUGGUCAGCUCCCGGCACUACAUCCUCGGAUGGAGCUUCGCCGUGGACGGCCCCGCGCCCGCCAUCGACAUCGCCAAGCUGCCGAAGCUGCCCCGUGAAUUCCCGAAGCCAAGGUCCAAGGGCAUGGAGGUCAUCCUGCCCAUAGCCACCGCGGCGUUGGUCCUCUUGGUGGGGACGGCCCUCGUCCUCCUCAGGAGAAGGCAGCUGAAGUACGGUGAGCUGAGGGAGGAGUGGGAGGUGGAGUUCGGGCCGCACCGCUUCUCCUACAAGGAUCUCUUCCGCGCCACGGAAGGGUUCAAGAAGAAGAACCUGCUCGGGGUAGGAGGGUUCGGGAAGGUGUACCGAGGAGUUCUUCCGGCGUCCAAAUGCGAGAUCGCCGUGAAGAGGGUGUCGCACAGCUCGAAGCAGGGCAUGAAGGAGUUCGUCGCCGAGAUCGUGAGCAUAGGGCGGAUGCAGCACCCCAACCUCGUCCAGCUGCUCGGCUACUGCCGCCGGCGAGGUGAGCUGCUUCUGGUGUACGAGUACAUGCCAAACGGGAGCCUCGACAAGUACCUGUAUUCCCAACCUCAAGAGGCCGACAAGCACAAUGGUACUCUGAAUCUAAACUGGGUUCAGAGGCUUGGUAUCAUCAAAGGGAUUGCGUCGGGAUUGAUCUACCUCCACGAGGAGUGGGAGAAGGUCGUCGUCCAUCGGGACAUCAAGGCCAGCAACGUGUUGCUCGACAAGGGCAUGAAUGGCCGGCUUGGCGACUUCGGGCUCGCGAUGCUGUAUGACCACAGUGCCGACCCGGAGACCUCGCAUGUUGUUGGAACAAUAGGGUACCUAGCCCCGGAGAUCGGCCGCACCAGCAAAGCAACCAUCCUGACCGACGUGUUUGCCUUCGGCAUAUUCGUGCUGGAGGUCACCUGUGGGCAGAAGCCCAUCAUGCAAGGUUCGAAGGAUGAUCAGCUCAUGCUGGCAGACUGGGUGGUGGAGCACUGGAACAGAGGCUCACUGGUUGAGACGGUUGACACCAAGCUCCAAGGUGAAUACGAUGUCGAUGAGGCGUGUGUGGUGCUGAAGGUGGGGUUGUUAUGCUCCCACCCAUUUCCUGAAGCAAGGCCUACUAUGCGGCAGGUCUUGCAGUACGUGAAUGGUGAUAUGCCGGUGCCGGAACUAGUUCCGGCGCACCUGAGCCUCCAGAUGCUGGCGUUCAUGCAGAAUGAAGGCACCCACGGCAUGGCCCUCGUCUUCGCGCCCGGCGUCAAGAGCCUGUCGGACGGGCUGACGGACCAGUACCUCGGCGUCACCAACGUCCAGAACGACGGCAGCCAGGCCAACCACCUGUUCGCCGUGGAGCUCGACACCGUGCAGAACAUCGAGUUCCGCGACAUCAACGCCAACCACGUCGGCAUCGACAUCAACGGCCUCAGCUCUGUCCAGUCCCACGAGGCUGGCUACUACGACGACGGUAACGGCGGCGGCUUCCGGAAUGUAAGCCUCAUCAGCCGCGAUGCGCUCCAAGUGUGGGUGGACUACGACAGGGUGACCACCCGGAUUGAUGUCACCAUGGCUCCCCUUGGGAUGGCGAGACCCAGCAGGCCAUUGGUCAGCGCGAUCCGCAACCUGUCGACGGUGCUGACGGAGCCGUCGUACAUCGGCUUCUCGUCGUCGACGGGCCCGGUGAACUCCCGGCACUACGUUCUUGGCUGGAGCCUGGGCAUAGACAGACCUGCCCCGGCGAUCGACGCGGCCAAGCUGCCAAAGCUGCCGCAGCUGGGACCCAAGCCUCGCUCAAGGGUUCUGGAGAUAACCCUGCCGAUAGCAAGCGCGGUGGUCGUCCUCGUCGCCGGCGCCGCCUUGGUUCUGCUUGUGAGAAGGCGCCUGAGGUACACGGAGGUGCGGGAAGAUUGGGAGGUGGAGUUCGGGCCGCACCGGUUCGCGUACAAAGACCUGUUCCAUGCCACCAAUGGGUUCAAGGAGAAGCACCUGCUUGGCGCAGGAGGCUUCGGCAUGGUGUACAAGGGAGUGCUUCAGGCGUCCGGGGUGGAGAUCGCUGUGAAGAAGGUGUCCCAUGGAUCCAAGCAAGGAAUGAAGGAGUUCAUCGCCGAGAUCGUAAGUAUUGGCCGCAUCAAGCACCGUAACCUGGUGCAGCUACUUGGCUAUUGCCGGCGGAAAGAUGAGCUCAUCCUGGUGUACGAUUACAUGCCGAACCGUAGCCUGGACAAGUAUCUGUACGGCCAAGGAGAUGGAGAUGGUCUCACUUUGGACUGGGCUCAAAGAUUGCAAGUCAUCAAAGGGGUCGCUUGUGGAUUACACUACCUGCACGAGAGGUGGGAGAAAGUCGUCAUCCACCGAGACGUCAAGACAAGCAAUGUGCUUCUUGACAAGGAAAUGAAUGGACGGCUAGGCGAUUUUGGGCUUGCAAAGCUGUACGAGCAUGGCACCAACCCACAAACAACACGUGUGGUUGGAACCACGGGGUACCUAGCACCGGAGCUAGUGAGAACGGGGAAAGCCACCCCUCUGACAGACGCUUUCGCCUUCGGAACUUUCAUGCUCGAGGUCGCUUGCGGACGACGACCAAUCAAGCAAGACGAGAAAGGCAACCAAAUCUUGUUGGCGGAUUGGGUACUCGAGCACUUGCAUAGAGAGUCACUCGUCGAGGCAGCAGAUCCAAGGCUGCAACACGAGUACAACUCCGAUGAGGUGUGCCUAAGUCUCAAGAUUGGACUACUCUGCUCACACCCGUCUCCCUCUGCAAGGCCCACGAUGCAGCAAGUUUUGCAGUAUCUUGAUGGAGAAUUGCCACUCCCGGAGAUGGCACGCGCAACCUUGAACUUCAAUUUGUUAGCUCUUAAGGAAAGAAAGGAGUUGCAUUCCGUGUCAAGCCCAUUCUCAUCGACAGCGAUGACCGUUGGCACCAUAUCUGACCUUUCUGGCGGAAGAUGACACAUAUGAUGUUUGAUUUUAGUACUGUAUCUCGAAUCCUUAGCACCUUCUUUAAAAUAGUAUUACGCCGAUCAAAUUAUCAGGUGGCAUACGAUAUUAUGAUAGGAGGACCUUGUUAA